UUUACGUAUCGGUUUUUCCCCCCCGAUCAGGCACUACGAUAGGCACCUUUUAUUUUUCCAGCUGCUGUUGAGUUGGCAUUUCGCGCGUGGCCGCCAGACUCUGCGAAGGGAAGGGAGGAAUAGAAGGAUCUCUCUAUUCUGGGCCAGCAAACUUUUGAAGAGAUUUUGUUUUUCAUCCCCAAAGAAAAUGACAUUAAGAAAAGUAAACAUAUUCAUCCUCGUACUUGUUGUUGUUAUAUUUUUGUUAGUGCUGCAUCACAACUUUCUAGGUCUCAGUGAUCUCUUGAAAAAAGAAUUAUCAGAUUCAAAUCCAUUAGGAUUUCAGCCGAUAGAUUUUAUACCUGAAGCUCCUCAAAGAUUGACAGUGGACCAAAAUGAAAAUGAAAUUCCUGUGGUCAUUACAGCAUCUGAUGAAAGGCUUGGUGGUGUAAUUGCAGCUGUGAACAGUAUUCAGCAAAACACCAAAUCCAAUGUGGCAUUCCAUAUUGUCACUUUGAAUGACACUGUGGACCAUCUGAGAUCAUGGCUUAGUAAAACCAGUCUAAAAAAUGUUCAGUACCGAAUUUUGAAUUUUGAUCCUGGUAUGCUGGCUGGAAAAGUGCAGAUAGACUCAAAGAUGCCAGAUUCCAUAAAACCACUGACAUUUGCAAGAUUCUACCUACCUAAUUGGGUUCCCAAUGCAGAAAAGGCCAUUUAUUUGGAUGAUGAUGUGAUUGUGCAAGAUGAUAUCCUUGAACUUUACCACACUCCAUUGCAACCAGGCCACGCAGCUGCAUUCUCGGAUGAUUGUGACUCUACCUCAAAUAAGUUUUCUGUCCGUGGAGCAGGAAAUCAGUAUAAUUACAUGGGAUUUCUUGAUUAUAAAAAAGAAUUGGUUCGGAAGCUGUCCAUAAAAGCAAGCACCUGCUCCUUCAAUCCAGGUGUCUUUGUUGCAAAUCUAACAGAAUGGAAAAUACAAAAUGUUACUAAGCAACUGGAGAAAUGGAUGGCACUUAAUGUUGUAGAAGAGAUAUAUAGCAGGACUCUUGCUGGCAGUAUCACUACGCCUCCUCUACUAAUUGUAUUUUACAAGCGGCAUUCAAAGAUUGACCCUAUGUGGAAUGUUCGUCAUCUUGGUUCAAGUGCUGGCAAAAGAUACUCGCCACAGUUUGUGAAAGCUGCCAAAUUACUCCACUGGAAUGGACAUUUCAAACCCUGGGGGCGAACUGCAUCCUUUGCAGAUGUUUGGGAAAAAUGGUACAUUCCUGAUCCUAGUGGCAGAUUUAAUUUGAUUCGGAGGCAUAGUGAUGCAGCACAGUAAGGAGGACUCAAUACCUACAUACUUUUCUCAGGAAGCCUGUCAGAUCACAGAGUGAAAUCAGUAAUGGUAUGUCCAUUUAACCUACAUUGAAUUUGAGAAGGACUUGAAAUUGUAUGCCUGAAGAAGCAGUUUCGUGCCUUCAAGUACAAGAUGAGGAACAGCUUGGAUCAACUACGCAGCUGGACCAGAUGAAUUCUUCAGAAGUAAAUUUUUAUAAUGAAAUGUUACAAAAUUAGCUUCAUCUAGGAAUGUGACAUUCCUGGGUGUCUGCAACAUAUCUUGCACAGCUAUUUCUUUGUACCAAAAAAACAAAACAAAAACCUUCCUCCUCUUAGCAGUAACCUGUGAAUGUAAGUUUUCUGCUAGAACCUUUUCUCUUUAGUAUUUAGUCAAUUGUUUACACUUAUUUAAAUCUGUUGUAGAUUUAAUCUGUUUUUGUAAUUAUUUAGUAAAUGAUGGAAGAAACUGCCCAACAACACUAAAAUAGCCUGUUUAAAAUCAUGGAGAAAGACACUCAAACAAAGCUUGAUUUGUUUGUAUGUGAGUUCAGAUUAAUCUACAUUUGAUAACUGUAAUAAAAAGUAAUCUUGUCUUACAAUA